AUGAACUCAAAUGCAUCACAACCCAACCACCACAGUUUCAUUUUGACAGGUAUCCCUGGGAUGCCAGAUAAAAACGCAUGGAUGGCCUUUCCCCUGGGAUUUCUCUACACACUAACUCCCCUGGGAAAUGGUGCCAUCUUNCUCCUGGGAAAUGGUGCCAUCUCAGCUGUCAUCAAGGUAGAUGAAAGUCUCCCUGAGCCUAUGUACUACUUCCUCUCCAUCUUGGCUGUCUCUGAUGUUAGUCUCUCCAUGUCCACCUUGCCCUCCGUGCUCAGCAUCUUCUGGUUUAAUGUCCCUGAGAUUCCCUUUGAUGCAUGCAUCACACAGAUGUUUUUCAUCCAUGGAUUUGGAGUGGUAGAAUCAGGAGUACUAGUGUCCAUGGCCUUCGACAGAUUUGUGGCCAUCCGAGACCCAUUACGCUACGCUUCCGUCCUCACCCAUGGCAUCAUUGGAAAGAUUGGAAUAGCUGUCCUCACCUGGGCAGUCUGUGUGGUCUUCCCUGUGCCUUUCCUUAUAAAGCGGCUACCCUUUUGCCAUUCCAAUGUCUUGUCUCAUUCAUACUGUCUCCACCAAGAUGCAAUGUGGCUAGCCUGUGCCAGCACCNGGCUAGCCUGUGCCAGCACCCGCAUCAACAGUCUCUAUGGCCUCAUCAUAGUCAUCUUCACGUUGGGGCUGGAUGCCCUCAUCAUUCUCUUUUCUUAUGUGCUCAUCCUGAAGACCGUGCUGGGCAUUGCUUCCAGAGACGAAAGGCUCAAAGCCCUCAACACCUGCCUCUCUCACAUCUGUGCUGUGCCCCUCUUCUAUGUUCCUCUCAUUGGUGUCACCAUGACCCACAGAUUUGGAAAGCAUUUAUCACCAGUAGUGCACACACUCAUGGCCAAUAUCUAUCUGUUACUGCCCCCUGUACUCCAUCCCAUUGUCUGUAGUGUGAAGACCAAGCAGAUACGGAGGGGAAUCGCAUACAUGUUCCAGAGGAGAACGAACAGGGCCUAG